GAUGUGCUGUUGGCUUUUUCGGUUUAAAUAAUUUUGUUAAUUGCCUUAUUUUACGUACAUAAAAUGUAAAUCAUAUAAUAUAAAAGUGCACUUCUAUUACCGCAUUAUAGUUUUCGGUUUGUGUUUAUCAUUUCCCUUGUGGUUUAUUUACGGUCUUCAAACGGGCAACCUGUGAAACUUGUUUUGUUGUUGUGUUUAAUAGUUUAGAAGAAAAGUUUCCGUCAUAUUCUUGUGUGAGGAGUGGCUGCUUUUGUAGUGAAGGCUAAAAAUGGCAUAAACGUCAAAAUAGCGGCUAAAAGAGCUUAGAAAAGUGGUGAUUGCGUUCCGUGAACAUCGCAGUCGAAGUCUGAAACAAAAUUAAUACCCAGCAAGCAAUCAGAACAGGAUCAGUAAGUUUACCAACGACGGACAAGUUUUUCAAAAAUACAAGAAAAACGAUAUUGGGGCGGUGGUGGCGAACCUAAGCUGUAUAUCAGCCAACCGCCGGAUUGUUGCUACAAUUACUGGUUGACGCUAGUUCCCGAGCUAGAGAGAAUUAGGAUACAGAGUUGGCAACUGCUGCAGCUCUGAUUGGACAUUCGCAGAGUAGGUGAAGUAAAGGCGAAGCGUGUGGAACGUAGAAAGGUGUUCAAGUAGUUUGGCGAAUGCGCGUGUUAAUGUAAGAUUUGCUAGUGGGAAAUGUUGCGCUUUUUAAGUCGCCGGAAGGUGCGUAGCAACUAUGUGGAAAGCAGAGGAGGCGUCGGUGGAGGUGGCGGAGGAGCAGGUGUUACGAAUGCGGGUAGUAGUGGCGGAACGCAAAUAAAGGCGCAGCGUAUGCCAGUAAAUAAAAAUAAAAUUGAAUGUCGUGUAGUGUUGCUGGAUAAUACAGAUCUCUCCAUUGAACUAUCGAAAAAGGCCCUAGGAAGCUUCCUGUAUGAGCAAGUGUUCUAUGCUUUAGAUGUAAUAGAAAAAGACUACUUCGGUUUACAGUUUACGGAUGCUAAUCAUGUUAAACACUGGCUGGAUCCCACAAAACCUAUAAAGAAACAAGUAAAAAUUGGUCCACCUUACACUUUCCGUAUGAAAGUCAAAUUUUACUCAUCCGAGCCGAACACUUUGCGUGAAGAGUUGACUCGUUAUCUUUUCUUCCUACAAUUGAAACAAGAUCUCCUGGAAGGUCGUUUAGAUUGCCCCGAUGACAAAGCGGCAGAAUUGUGUGCGCUCGCAUUGCAAUCGGAACUUGGUGAUUACGAUGAGCAAGUGCAUACAGCCGCCACAGUGUCGGAGUUUCGCUUUGUUCCCGAACAAACAGAGGAUCUGGAGAUCGCCAUAUUGGAAGAGUAUAAGACUUGUCGUGGCUUGACGCCAGCUCAAGCUGAAACUGCCUAUUUAAACAAAGCUAAGUGGUUGGAUAUGUACGGCGUUGAUAUGCACACAGUCUUGGGUAAAGACGGUUGCGAGUAUCACUUAGGUCUUACACCAACUGGUAUUUUAGUUUUUGAACGUGAUCAAAAAAUCGGUCUGUUCUUCUGGCCUAAAAUAAGUAAGCUAGAUUUUAAAAAGAAAAAGCUUACGCUCAUCGUUAUCGAGGAUGACGAUGAAGGACGCGAACAAGAGCAUACAUUCGUUUUUCGUUUAUAUAACGAGAAGGCCUGUAAACAUUUGUGGAAAUGUGCUGUCGAACAUCAUACUUUCUUUCGUUUGCGGGCGCCGGUCAAAGGCCCUUCAGCCCGUCAGAAUUUCUUCCGCAUGGGUUCACGUUUCCGUUACUCUGGUCGUACAGAAUUUCAAACCACACAGCAAAGUCGUGCCCGGCGCACCGUACAAUUCGAGCGACGCCCAUCCCAACGUUUCGCCAGCCGCCAAUCACAUUUACUACGUGAACGUCAAAAAGCUUCACAAGAAGCUGCUGCUUCUGCUGUUGCUGCAGUAAAUGCACGCGCAGCAGCAGCAGCCGCGGCCGCCAAUGAGCCAGCCAACACUACUAUCGAUUCGCUGCUUACGAACACAUCAACGACGGAGCAACCUUCAAAUGCUGUUACACCCUCACCGUCUAUCCAGACAGUCAUCUACAAUGCAGAGAUGUUAAAUGAUUCGGCUACUUGCAGCACAUCUGCGGCGCGAAGUAACUCUGGAGCCUUGCGUUGUAAUUCCAUGCGAUCGGACUCAAGCGGCGAAGACGGCGGCUAUAGUAAGCUGGAUUGUUACAAUAAAGAAGGCUUGACUGUGAAACUGGAUAGCGAGUCCAUAAGUGCAACCAGUAGCGGAUAUCCAACAAAUGCAACGAAAAAUGUUGAUGAUACCAAUCCAUUUAGGAAUAACGCCUCCUCGCACCAUGGCUCCUUCGGCAAAGCCUCAAUUAGUUCAGGUUUCAGCAUUAGAAGUGCCUUAUCGGAUAAAGAUAAAGAGCUAGAUUCAUUACUUAAGUCCAUUGUUAAAGAUCCAUCCCCAUCUAUACUAGCAACCGAAGCUAUUAAUGAUGCUAACAGUAUCAGGGUGACGAUCAAUAAGACAUUCGAUAUGGAACACAAUACGGAGACUUUGAAACGACUUUCGAACUCGGAUAAACCGAAUAAUCAAGUGAAGCUUGCAAAUAUAAGCGGAGGCGCACUACCACCCGGUCACAUUAAGUGCAAUAUUUUGAAAGCGCGCGUGGAGGAGGAACUUGGCACGAGUGCGCUCUCGAAUGCCAAUACGAAUGCGAAAAUGACGAAUCAAAUGUUUGUGCCCGCUCCUAGCACAGUGCAGCACAACAAUAAUAACAGCAAUAGCAUAUUCAGCAGUAUUAGUUCGAACAACAAUAACACAACUUACAGCAGUGAUGGCCCCGAUUCACUGAAUGCCACUUACAUUUCGGUGGGCGGUGAUAAACUAACUUUGAGCAUAACGGAACAAAAGCCAACAGGCAGCACCACAAUGGCAAGCGGUGUUGUUGCCACUGUAGGUAGUGGUAAUACAGAUGCUAAUGUGUCAAACAAUUAUGGCACAGACUCCAUUUCUUUGCCUUCACCCACAUCAUCAUCGGCGAAGAAAAUUUCCGCUUCUAAAACAACAAUAUCACCUUUUUCCAAUGCCACUUUCAUAUCCGAAUUCAAUUCAAUGAGUCCUAUCGUGUCAUCGUCAUACAAUAACACACAUACCAGCUCAAUAUUUACCACAACGGCAGCGAGUCCUACCAGUCUAACGAAUGCCAACGAAACGUUUACAGUUAGAAAGAGUAAUGUCAAAACUACAACAACAAACGACAGCUUGUUAACACCCACUCUGCCUAUAACACAUAUAUCAACCAUAACCACGCCACCGCCUACACCCACUCAUACUUUCAACGCCACAUCAUCCGCAGCCAAUGCCUCAGCUGCUGAGCGGUUAAUUAACGAAAUAUUCAUCAAUAAUAUAAUAAAUAAUAAUGUACGUGCAACGAAUGAUAAAAAAACCGGCAGUGCCCUUGGAAAGAAUAGUGAAACAGAGUUGGUGAAUAUCGAAGUAGACAACAACCAGAAGUCGGUGACCAAGCCAUCCGCCGGCACUACACUCUUCUCCACUUUGCGUGAACAAGAGCGCCAACAACAGCAGCAGCAAGCGAAUGAUGAGCGGAGCGAAACCGAUGCUCAUUUGCCAACGAAAAAUGAAAGCGAAAAAAAGCAUCCGAAUAAUCAUUCCGUUACACAUAUACAAUCCCAUAAUGACAUGGUAUCGCCGUGGCUAGUGUCCUCGGAAGUGGUGUCAGCGCCGAAAGGUAAAGAACCAACAAUAUUACGAAAAUCAGUUAUAACAACGCAAUUGUAAGUGCUCAGUUAGCCGACGUUGAAAUUAGGUUAUGUAUGUAAUUUUGGAUUUAUAUGAAUUUCUCACAAAAGAAAAUUAAAUAUAUUUAUUGAUAAUUUCGUAACAAAUGCGAAUUUAUCGCGGAUGCAUACAAUACAUAUAUAUGCACUUCGAAAACGAUAACUUGAAUAAUGAAUUUAUAUAAUUAAACUAAAUCCAUCACUCGCGAGAGUAUAGCCAAUAAUGUUUAUUACAGUUUAAUUAACUGUUUGACGUUAAUUUAAUUACAUUACAGAUUAUUUACUUACUUUAAAAACGAAUUCCAUUAGUAGUAUAGCCAAAUCGGCAUUGUAAACGUUCACUCGUACUUAAUCCGAAAUUCCAUUUUUACUAUUUAUUAUUAUACAUACAUAUAUAUAAAUAUAUAUAUAUAUAUACAACUACUUAAAAUAAAUGACAUAAAUAUGUAAAUGUUUACAAAUUAUGCGCAGCUAUUGCAUAUGUACUUAAGUUUACUUAAAACAUAACUGUAUAACGGGCGUAUGUCAAAAAUUAACAUACCUACCUGCCUACAUACAUAUAAACACACAAAUAUAUUAAUACUGAAAUCUACAAGCGCUGAACAAUGAUAAUUCGAAACGAAAGUUUGUGCCUUAUUGUACUUCAUAACUUCAAUGAUAUUAAGAGUUAAGCAGCUGUUGCGAAUAAGAACCCGCCUUUAUAGCAUUUUACAAGUUUUAACAUACAUACAUACAUGCAUGCAUAAAUCCAAAUUAGUGAUUAUGCGCAUAUCCUACUUAAUAACAAAACGGAACAAAUGGCAUUUAAACGAGGUUUGUGGUUUGAGAGUUCAAUUUAAGUGAUUGAUGAAACAAUUUUUUUAUUUCAUAUUUCCUUAUGCAACGUUGAAUUAUAAUGCAGUUUAAUAAUUUGAAAAAUGUGCGGAAUGUGUCACAUAAAUCAAUUACACGCGCGCCCGUUUACACUCAAUUAAUCUUUUUUUUGUUUUGUUUUUGUUAGUUUUUGUGUAGUCGCUGUGUGUAAACAAGUUGAAAUGACGUUUGUACCAAAAGAGGUAAAACGUUAGUUUUUAGUACCAUAAUGCUUACUUAUACCAGCGUAUAUAUUUAAUAGCUAAAUUGUAGUUUUAUAAUUGGGUCUGACAUACUCAUAAAUAAGCUGACAAAUUGAGACAGAUGUUAAUGUGAAUUUGGAGCCCAUAUGUAAGUUUUUUUUUUAAUUGCUGUAAAAUGAAAUUAAUAUGAAGUUAAUAUAUAUUUUUGUUUUUUCAAUUCCCACAAAUUUAUUAUUGCAAUAU